AUGAGUGGGCAAGUGACAAUGAUGGAGCGGCUAAAGAAGGCCGGAAAAUCCAUGGUAGAUGCCGGUGCCAAAACCAUGCUCAAGACCGACAUUGUAUUUUUGGAUCGAGAGAUUAAAUUGCGCAAACAAGCCUUUGGCAUUGAAAUUUACGAUUUGAUGGAAGAAUUGGAAUCCAAUACGGAAAUGAACACCACUGGCAAGGAGACCAAAAUUCGCAGUGCAUUCGAUCAAGCUCGAAAAGACAUUGCCGUCAUACAAGCCAAGAAGGAAUGCAAGCGGGAAGAAAUGGCAGUUUUGGAAGCCGAGGAAAAUGUGGAACCUCAGUCGUUUAAUAUCCCUCCAUCCAGUGGGACGGUGCUGACCAAUUAA